AAUAUACAUCAUAGAGCUUCGACAGAACUCUAUUCUCCCCUUAUCACCUACUUUUGGCCAUUCUAUCUCGCUCAAAAUAAAAGAACACUGUUAUUAGGUAUUAAUGGUAUCUAGUAGUACUACUACCACCAAUUGAUUAUAUAUAUCUUAUCUAAGAUGAAAACCCCUAGGAAAUAAAAAAUAUCAAGUUCAUCAGCUGCUGAGCCCUCUCAAGUUCAUCAUGACGACAUUAACAGAAAUCGAAACUGGGAGUCAGAGAGAUCACUAUGAUGAUUAUACAACUAUGAUGAUCAAGCUUUAUGAGGCUGCAGUGAAAGGAUGUGUAGAGACACUGAAUUCAUUGCUUGAAGAAGAUAAACUCCUUCUAAGUAAGAUUUCACUCACUCGUUUUGUUGAAACACCUUUACACAUCUCAUCACUACAUGGCCAUGUUGAUUUCACUAAACAACUUCUUAACCACAAACCAAAACUGGCAUCUAAGCUAGACCACCACAAACGCUCACCUCUUCACUUGGCUGCCUCAGAAGGACACGUGGAGAUAGCCCGAGCCUUGUUACACACAAAUAAAGAUGUAUGCAUGGUUGAAGACAAUGAUGGGAGAAUACCUCUCCACUAUGCUGCCAUGAAUGGUUGUGUCGACUUGAUUCAUCUACUCCUUAUUAGCGCAGGAGUGGAAUCAGUUUGUCAAAAGCUUCCAAGUGGGGAAACAGCACUACAUCUUUGUGUUCAACAUAACCAUUUAGAGGCUCUGAAAUUGUUGGUAGAAUCAGCAGUAUUGUCACUGAGUCUUAAUAAUAGCACAGAAGUUCUCAAUGCAAGAGUGGUUGAAAGUGGUAACACCAUUUUGCAUCUAGCAGUCAUCCAGAGGCAGGUUGAGACUGUAGAGUACUUGGUUUCUAUGAAAGAGAUGGACAAGGACAUCUUGAACUGGAAAGAUCAUAAGGCCUCUGAUCUCCUUAACGACCAACCACAAGACUUCAACACCUUCAGACUCCAACGUGUGAUGAUGAUGAACAUGAAACAGCAGCCAAUGUCGACUACGUGUCAUAAUAAUAAUAAUAAUAAAUCACUUUUAAGCAAGCAAUGGAUUAGUAUACACCUAAGGAAACAAAGGAGGCAAUGGUUGAAAAACGUAGAAGGAUCAAUCAUGGUGGUGGCCACUCUCAUUGUGUCCACCACAUUUCAGGCCGCAGUUAACCCUCCCGGCGGUGUCUGGCAACAAACAAACAACACAACCCAAGCAAGCAACGACAUUUCUGAUUGCAGCAACCAAACAUGUAUUGCAGGAACUUCGGUCAUGGCUCAUAUUGACAACGACAAUUAUGCCUUCUUUGUUUGGUUCAACAGCAUUGCUUUUCUGGGUUCUCUUAGUAUAAUAAUUUUGAUUAUUGGGGGAGUACCUAUGAACAAUAAGUUUUGGAUUUGGCUAUUUGAUUUGGUGUUGUUUGUCACUCUGUUUUGCGUGGGUGAGUCUUUCUUACAUGCCAAUAUCUUAGUGACUCCAGAUCAUGGUGAUUAUUAUGAAAGCCUUGAUACGGUAUACAAAUGCUCCAUUUAUGUGUGGGAGGGGAUGUUUGUGGUUAUGGGGGCUUGGCACCUUGCUUACCUUGUCAUUAAGCUACGAAAUUGGUUGCACAAGCGCAGCUGCUGCAAUAUUAAUGGCAGAAUUAAAUAAUUCGGUGGGGAGCCUCAUAAAUAAUUGAGAAUAUUUGUUAGCUUGAUUUUUGUUUCUAUUUGAAAGAAUGAAUAAAUUGUAGUGUUAAUUAAGGAAC